GCGAGGGUGGAACACACCACACCCAGUCCUGUUCGAUGAAAAUAUAUUGAAGAGAACUCUGUCCCUUCAAUUUUCAAACCCAUGACUAUUGAGGAAAGGCCCAGCAUUUCUUUUUUUAACUGCAGAAGUUGCUUUGUAGCUCAUAAUUGAAUCUCAGUUCAUGGUGGGGAAAUGGUCACAUGUAUCAAAGAUGUUGAAAUCAGAAUGAUUAAACAGAUAAGACUCUUGUAACCCGGGAAAUGCAAAUUAGACCCAUAACUAGAUUACUUUAUGUCCCAUCAGAUUAGAAAUAAAGUUUGAAGAAGGGCAAGAUGGCGGACACCAAAGAGGGUGUUUUGCAGCUGGUGGGACCCUCCACUUCCCCAGUUUCGUUUGGUUUUAUUCGCACAGCUGCCCAAAGACAGCUGGUAGACCGGGGAGACAGCCUGGGUGCAGCUCCAGAAGAGAAGGAUUUCUUAAAGACUGUGGAAGGGAGGAAGUUGCAGAGUGUUAAUCCCUCAGAAGCCCCCAAGGAUCUCAUCAUCCCUCUGAACCAGAGUGGCCUCCAAAGGCAGCCACUAGCCCAGGCCCCUGGCCCAUCCACAGCUACUGAGGCCGAGGUGGGCGGGCUGCUGUCCCAGGCUGUGAAGGAGGUCAUUGAAGAAUCCAAGAAGUCUUUGGAGGGGGAAGAGAAUGCGGGUGUCAACCCCACGCUUGCUAUCCCCAUGAUCCAGAAGAGAUGCGCCCCCAGUGAGGAAGGGGCAGACAGUGAACCCCGGGCUGAGACAGCACCCAAAGAGGCUGAUUACGAGGCAGUCCCAGUGGAGGCCUACGGCCUGGCCAUGUUGCGGGGCAUGGGCUGGAAACCUGGCCAGGGCAUCGGCCGCACCUUCAGUCAAGUGGUGAAGCCCCGCAUCGACUCACUGAGGCCUAAAGGGUUAGGGCUGGGCGCCAACCUGACUGAGAUCCAGGCCCUGGUCCCCGCCCACCCCUGCCGCCUGCUGGGGCCAGGUGAGCAGCAAGAGGAGGCUAGGGAAGACCAGCCUCGAGGACUGGUGCCUGGAGGGGCUGUGGUGGUUCUUUCUGGCCCUCACCGAGGCCUCUACGGGAAGGUGGAAGGUCUCGAUCCUGACAAUGUUCGGGCCGUGGUUCGUUUGGUCGUGGGGAGCCGCUUGGUGACUGUUAGUGAGUACAGCCUGCGGCCUGUCUCCCAGCAGGAAUUUAACAAAAACUCCUUGGGUCUCGGCCAAGCGAGCAAAACUUCUCCAGGGCGACAGAACAGAACAGCCUCAUCAGGGAAAGCCUUCCAGGAUCAGGACCUCCCGGCAAGGCAGGGAGUGCUAGCGCGAGCGGGAGAGAGGAAGAGGAAACGCCUUCCAGACGGACAGCGCGAGCCUGCAUCCCAGAGCGAGAGAGCAGCAGCCUCUGGGAGCCAGCACUGGCUGCACAGGGACCUGCGUGUGCGGUUCGUGGACAAACUGCGCAGGGGCGGCCAGUAUUACAACACCAAGAUGACCAUUGAAGACGUCCUCAGUCCAGAUACUUGUGUAUGCCGGACAGACGAUGGCCAGGUCCUGGAAGGUGUCAGGGAAGACAUGCUGGAGACACUCGUCCCCAGGGUCCAGGGCAGCCGCGUGAUGGUGGUGCUGGGGCCACAGGCUGGAAGGGUGGGCCGUCUGCUGGGCGGGGACAGAGAGCGGAGCCGGGCUGUGGUUCACCUGCAGAGAGAGAAUCGGCUGCUGGAGCUUCACUAUGACGCCGUCUGCGAAUACCUGGGCCCCCGUGACCCAGAGGAAGACUGACCCGUGGACACAGUGUGAAAAGCCCCCCUCGUGAGCGUGGGGAGGCUGUUGUUCUGUGCUGUAUUUGCCGUGCAGCCCUGGGACAGGGACAGGGCACAGAAUGCCCUGCCAACAGGUAGUGUAGGAAUAAAAACCAUUUCAAAUUAAAAAAAAAAAGGUAAAUUUGAUACUCUCAAGAGGCGAUAGGUAUUUGAGGAAAGGCUUCACUUCUAGUGGAAGUGUACCUUAGAACACUAGCUACCGGGAGAAUGGGUACAGAAGGGGUAUUUCUUUUUUUUUUUUUUUAGACUUAUUUAUUUAUCUAUUUAUAGAGAGAUAGGAAGGGAGGGAGAAAGAGGGAGAGAAACAUCAAUGAUCAAUGUGUGGUUGCCCCUUGCACGUCCGCU